AUGGCAGAAAUAGGUAACGUUUCAAUUGAGCAAAUGCGUACCCGACUUCGUGCUUCAGAAAACAUACAUAACAUUAUUGAUGAUUUAUUUGCAGAAAGAAUUGACGAGUAUAUGGAAGACCCGAAAAAAAUGCUUGAAAUUUUAAAAGAAGUUAUCCUACCGUUCAGGAAGGUGGACAGUUUACCCGAUAUAAAAACUUGCAAGUCUCUAAAUCUGACGGACGCUGAUAUCACCGAUGGUGAAUUAGUACGAGUACGCUGCAUGCUAAAAGAAACAAAGGGUUUUGAAGUAUAUCCGAUGAGCAGCAAGGUCACAGGAGAUGAGACCAAGAAAGUAUCUUGUGGCUUAUUUCGCAGCCUGUUUGAUGCUCUAGAUGACGAAAGGGUGAAACUUGGUACGCGUUAUAUUUACGGUAUUGGACCAGUCCCUGGUGCAUCGACUUGGUACAAUGAAAGUUUUUACGAUGUUGCGGUAACAGCUGAUGGGACUGGUGAUUGCUCUCCGAGUGCUAGUGGUGGUAAGCAAAAGGAAUGGAGGAUGAUUGCCAAGUUUCUCGACGAAAGUUCUUCAGAACUGAAGCCAAAUCACGUCUUUGACUUAUUUGGUGUUUUGGAUAUGAAAGAAUUUUAUGAGGAAGGCACAUCGGAGAACUCUGCUGUUUACUUUCGCAGUUUUCACGUUAUUGCUUCUGAAGCUGUGGUGGACCAUAAAGUUCUGAAUCAAACAUUUCCUCUGAUCUCGGAUAGCAAUCCUCAGGCUCUUUCUGUUGUAAAAAAGUCGUUGUCUUUAUUGCUUGGUGACACAAGUGCUGCUGACUACCUUUGCUGUCACCUGAUCUCUAAAACGUACAUUAGAGCUGUUGGGAAUCCGGUAUGCAGUAUGGCAAUGAAUAUUGUUAAUGUUACAGACACUGCUAGCAUCAUACGUCAUAUAAAGCUGUUGAUGCCAAAGGUGAUCGUUUAUGAAGUCACUGCGGAAGCACUCGCUACUGAUUCUCUAAUCCCGAAAAUGAAUUACGACACUGAUGUUUUGGAAGACGGUAUUUUGCAGUUUAGUAGCGGGACUGUUUUCGUAAUUGAUGAAACAAAAUUUUCUCGAUCUUGUCUCUCAAGCGUUCCCGCGAAUAAAAGAGCGAUUUUAAACAAAAAUCUCACUGUUUUGGAAAGAUUAGUUAAACAGCAAGUUUUUGAAUAUGAUUAUACGCAUCCUUUCAACAUAGACAGCGACGUCAACAUCCUCGUCUUAUCAAAAAAUCCAUCCUGUCUUAAGCUGGGAUUGCCUUUUACGCUGGCUAUUCCUCCUCAGUUCUGCGAUGGCGUUGACCCCGCAAGCAUUCUUCAAGAUGAAAGGACUUUGAAAGAAUGUAGGCACACAUUGCAGGUUUGCCGAAACAAUGUCGAGCAUAUUACAUUACCACAAGGGAUUGACAAGGAGAUGACCGAGUUAUUCGUCAAAAAUCGAGGUUCAGGCGCGUCGGUUGAAGAUGCUUGUAAUCAGCUGCAUAAUCUUUUAAUAGUCACACGACUUCUUGCUGCAUUGGAUUUCAAGUUUGAAGUUGACCUAUCACACUUGAAGGAAGCUAAGGAUAUGGAGGAAAAACGUGUGAAUACGCUGAAGGAAUUUCUGUCAAAAAACGAAGAAAAGACGUAA